AACUUUGCGGUGAUGUAGGAUUUCAAAUUGCAACAGUUAUCGGCCAUGACGGUAAAGAUGUUGACGUGCACGAGUAAGUUCUCUUUUUAUUUUUAGCGUGAAAGGGUAGUCAGGUGAGCUGAAAGCCACAACUCUCUUAUCAGUACUUGCUUCAUCACUGAAGGGCUGCUCCAAUUCGAGGGAAAUUGCUAAUUAGAUUAUCAGUUUUUUUAACAUGCUUUCAUUAGCAUGUUGUGACAUUUAAUUUUAUUAAAUAUUGUCUGUGCUUUUUAUGCACACGUAACCCUCUUCCCUGUUUUCAAAAAAUCUGUCUUUUCUCUUCCUUUCAGGUAUUGCCAGGUAGACUGUUAUAAAGGUGCACCAGAUAAUUGGUGUUGUGAAAAAUGUGUCAAAAAACAAAAAAAUGAGAACUCUGAGGGACCAGAGAUACAUGUCUCUACAAGUAUUUGUCAAAGCACUCUUCCACUAGAGAUACGUAGUAAAUUUAUUGGUGAGGGUGAUAUCAAUUGGAAAAGAGGAACAAAUCAGGAAAACAAAGUAUCUACCUGUUGAAGAAGCAAUUGGUCUAUUGAAUUCUGGCUCUUCAAGAGUUACGUUAACUAAAUCCAAGACGACUGAGACUCGAGGGAAUUUAAGCAAACCUAGAACUCAGAUUUCAGAUGUUUUUCCUAAGAAGAGAACACUGCAGUAUUCUUUAGGGUUAACAGGAUAUAAGAAACCUCACAAUUUUCUAAAUUUCAAAACAAUCGAACCGAGCAUAAAACAAGUCGAAUCAUCUAAAGGUUAAUUUUCACCAACAUUUCUUGUAUUCAUUACUUAUUCAAAUAUAUUCUUUUCUUAGGUCUCUAUUCAUUAGAAAUUUCAUUUUCUAUCAUAUAUUAUUGUAUUUCCAUCUAGUUGAUGUAGCCUGCUUGUUAGGUCUUGGGGGAGUUACCAUUCUAGAGCAUAUGAGUUUCAAUGUUGUGAAAGCGAGUGGAAUGAUGAAUCCACCUAUGACACACCCUUGUGAUCCUGCUCUAGCUCAUUCCUGGAAGGGAAGUUUUGAAAUCUCAGGUGCUUCAGAAUUUGUACAAUGCAACCUCAAUAAUUUUAUUCAGGUUCAUCCUCCUUCUAAAGUUAAACGUAAGGUGUAUGAGUUUUCAGGGCAAUUGCCUCAUACUCUUAAAUUUGAACUAAUUCCGCGCGGAAAUAACUGGACAAAGCUAUUCAAUAAUCAUUGUCCAGGUAAAGAAGACGUAGGACUAUAUUUCUUUACAAGUGAAAAAGAAAGGUCUGGGAUAUAUACUUCUCUGGUGGAGUACAUGCGUAGUAGGGAUUUUGUGAUGAGAAUGGUUAUAAAUGAUGUUGAGCUGCUUGUACUUGCAUCCAUAACGCUGCACAAUGAUUCUCAAACAAGGAACAACCAGUACUUUCUGUGGGGGUUAUUUUACCGCAUCAGACAAUACACAAAUGGAUGUGCUGAAGGGGGCAGCAACAAAGUGAUUGAUAUGGAGAUAGACAUGAUAGCUGGAGAAAAUGUGUGAAUGUUGGACAUUGUGGUCUCAACAACUACUUUCAUCAAUGACUUUGAUUUAGAUAUUCAACAGAAACCGUUACUGCUGCUACCUAUUCAUACCUUUCAAGCUUAUUGUUUUUGCAUUUCCAUUGUUGAUCUUUGUAGUACUUGACGUAUUUAACUGUUCCUUUUUAGUUUUGCUUAUAACAAUCUAUUACCAGUUUUUGGGAAAUUAUUUUGCUUU